AUGCAACGCAUUGCUGCGGCCAAAAUGCUGAACGUGAUCGAAAAUUGCGGAGUAUCGCCACCGCCAGGUGCGGUGGCCGAUCAGUUUCUCCCACUCAGUUUUUUCGACUUUCCGUUUCUACUAAUACCUCCCGUCCAAAAGCUUCUCUUCUAUGAGUUCCAUCACUCUAAGCCCCACUUCACAGAGUCCCACAUUCCUCAUCUGAAACACACACUCUCUCUCACUCUCAAACACUUUUUCCCUCUCGCAGCUAACCUGAUAAUUCCCUCAUCAAAUUCUAGCAAGCCUGAAAUUCGUUACUUAGAGGGUGACUCCGUUCACCUGACCUUUGCCGAGUCAGGUGACGAUUUCGAUUACCUUACCGGAAAUCAAGAACUAAAUGCCUAUCAAUUUCAUCCCCUCAUCCCUCAGAUGCCAGAGGCUUAUAACACCGUGUUGGAUUCCGGCACCAUACAAGUAGUCCCACUUGGAGCUAUUCAGGUCACCCUAUUUCCCGAGUCCGGCGUUUGUUUCGGGUUCGCCUACCUCCAUGUUCUGGCGGACGGUAAGGCCUUCAACGGUUUCAUCAAGUCAUGGGCUUCCAUUACUAAAUUUGGCAGCGAUGCGCCAAUUUUAGCUGGUGGGAACCUCCCAUUUUGCGACAGGACUAUGAUAAAAGACCCCGUUGGGCUAGAUACAUUGUACUGGAGCCAAGUUUGUGAUGGUAAUAAAUUUGUAAACCAGAGUAAAACUACUGAUAAUGUUCGAGCCACAUUCGUCAUAACCAAAACUGAUGUUCAACGACUCAAGGAAUCGGUUAUGGCCAGCCGUAAACGACAACAUUGGACAGUACCAUUACAUGUAUCGACAUUCACGGUAACAUGUGCUUACAUGUGGGUUUGCAUUUUAAAAUCACGGGCAAGGACUAAGGUGGACGAGGAUGACGAAGAUGAUGAAUUGGAUCACUUCAUUUUCACUGCAGAUUGUCGAGAACGUUUGGAUCCGCCCAUGCCCGCAACUUAUUUUGGUAAUUGCUUAGCUAUUUGUACUGCGACGGCAAGACAUGGUCAACUAAUGGAAGAAAAAGAAGGGUUUUUUGUAGCAGCAGAGUCGUUUGGAGAGGCCAUUGCCACAAGGCUUCACAAUGGCGAGCCUGAGGGAGUGUUGAAAGGUUCGGAGACUUGGAUCUCGAGUUUUAAAAGUUUGAAACGGGAGCGAGUGAUGUCGAUAGCAGGGUCACCCAAGAUCGGCCUCUACGAACCGGAUUUUGGGUGGGGGAGGCCCCGAAAGAGCGAGAUUGUUUCCAUAGAUCUUACGGGGGCCUUCUCAAUCAGUGAGUGCAAGGACUCGCAAGGAGAUGUGGAGGUUGGUGUGUCCUUCCCAAAGACCACAAUGGAUGCAUUUGCUUCGAUCUUCGUCCGUGGCCUUAAGCUUCUGUAA